AUGGCGGCGCCAGACCGGUACCUGAACCUAGCACGCAUGUUUGGCGAGUUCCGCGACAACGACGAGGGCGGGUCCGAGCACCAGCAGUUCCUGGACAACAUCAUCACCCAGCUGAUGGAGGAGGCCAGCGCCAAUGCAACGGGCCCGCCGCCUGCUUCGCGCGAGUUUAUUCGACGCCUGCCGGUGCUAAAGGCUAGCGACACUAAUCAAAGUUGCACGAUAUGCAACGACGAGUUUGCCGAAGACUGUGAGCUGACGCGGCUGCCAUGCAAACAUUACUUCCACCGCGAGUGCAUCAAGCCGUGGCUCGAGUUGCACAACACAUGUCCGAUGUGCCGGCACGAGCUGCCAUCCGACGAUCCGUCGUGGCUCGAGAAGAAGCGCGAGGAGGACAGAAAAUCGGCCAGCGAGCUCAAGGACAUGAUGAUGUAUGGAUGA